AUGACAACAAAUUCAUUCGGAUCAGCUCUUCCCCGCUUUGACUUCCACCAGCCCCCAGCUCCCAGACUCACAGCGAGACUGGCCCGCUCAUUACCCACUGCAGCGCUCGUCACAACAGCAGCAGCUGCAUACGGGCUCACAUAUUAUGUCCUCAGACAGCAAUACACAAUGGCCAAGGCUCAACACAAUCGAGCUGUGGAAACAUUAAACGAAAUGAAAGAGCGUGGGAAUAAAACGGACGAGUGGGUGAAAAACGAUGCAUUAUGGUGGACGGCAUUUUGA